AUGCAAAUCGCUGUGAAAUGGCAAGCGCCAGAGGUGUUGAAGGAUCGCAAAUACAGUCUGAAGUCGGAUGUUUGGUCUUUUGGCAUACUAAUGUGGGAAGUGUACACAGAAGGUAGUGAACCAUACCCUGGAAUGUCACCAAAUGCUGUCAAACGAAUCAUACUCAACGAUGAGUACAGAAUGCCUAUUCCCAAGGACUGCCCUCAACCGCUCGCCAAGAUCAUGGCUUCGUGCUGGGAUUCAUUCCCUCCAAAACGACCAUGUAUGCAGGCGAUACAUCUCGUCAUACGCGAUUGUUAA